GUGGUUUCAUCAGGGUGACAUGGCCUCAGCUCCAGCACAGCAGCCCACCCUGACUGUGGAGCAGACAAGAGUGGUGCUGAGUGAGGUGAUCCAGGCCUUCUCGGUUCCAGAGAACGCAGCGAGGAUGGAUGAGGCGCGAGAAAGUGCCUGCAACGAUAUGGGCAAGAUGCUACAGCUUGUGCUGCCAGUGGCCACUCAGAUUCAACAAGAGGUCAUCAAAGCUUAUGGCUUCAACAACGAAGGAGAGGGUGUCCUUAAAUUUGCCAGACUGGUGAAGAUGUAUGAAACCCAGGACCCUGAAAUCGCCACCAUGUCAGUUAAACUGAAGUCUCUCCUCCUACCACCGCUCUCAACACCACCUAUAGGGGGCGCCAUCCCAGCUUCAUAGGAGUUAUUUACUACAAAUUGUUUGCAAGGUUAAUUUUGUGUCAUUCUUUGGGAAUCUACAUGACCAUACUGUAUUUUCAGGAUCCUGUCUACAGUCUAUCUGCCUUCAUGUGACACUAAGUAAAAUUUACAAUUUCAUGCAUUAAUGUUCUAUCAUGAUGAAAUUCACACUAUAUAUCUACAUUGUGGUUUAAUUUCCUCACAAAAGUGUUAAAUUAUUGCUUUUAGAAUGUUUUCAUUUGUUACUUGUUACACUUAUAACAUUUUGUUGUGUUAUUGAACUGUAAACAUUUCCUUUUGAUGCCAUCUUUUAUACCAUUUUAUAUGCUGUCAAGUGUUAUUAAAUGCUGUUUUUUCGUUAUGUAUUAAAAAUAAAGCUUUUCUGUGACGCUGUGUGGUGUUAAUGGAGAAAAAGUGAGAAACAAUAACUUCCAUAUACAUAACUUUAUUAUUGCAAUAAGGCUUUGGCAAGAACUUCAUAUGUUUACAUGUUUUUAAAAAUACUUAAUGCUUAUACACAUACAUAUGUACACAGACACACACAUCUCUUCAAAGGCAACUUCCUGUAUACAGUCUGGUUAAAACACUAUUCCAACAUAAAAUCUGAUUUCAUGUCAGCUCUUUUCUUCUGUGGGAUGUUUUAUGUUUGAGUGCAUGCAGACGUGAUGACAUCAUGUCAUGAGAUUGGUCAAAAUAGAUUAACUUAAAGUGUCCCAUAUUCUGAAAUCCUCUACUUAAAAUACAACCGUUUUCAUUAAUUAUAAAGUGCUCUUUUUUGUAAAUUUUCUUUUUUAAAAGGCAAACAGUGCAAAACCAGUGCACCCAGCACCCAGUAAACAGUAAACAAAAGUGAAGUUGAGCAGGAGUAUUUUCUGAUUUUAAAAUCUAUUUGUGUCUUUUUGUGCAGAAUCACCUGACAGCUAUUCUGAUCCAGUGUUGUUUCCAUGUAUGUAG